GCGGCAUUAUAAAAGAGAACACGCACUGCGCGCGCACAGACAAAGGCUCUCAAGUUGAGGAUCGUUAGCCUAAAUGCAGGGGUACCACAAUAAGCGCUUGAGUCUAGAGCCAUCUACAUCACAGCAACCCCGAGUAAGCACAGAUGACUGGGGCGGAAGACGGUUCACUGUUUUCGCUCGUGAGACCAAGCCAAGUGACCUACUCAUCCCCUCUAUUCUGGUGACGCUACUGUGUUUCUGGCCCACGGGGGUUAUUGCCGUAUGGAAAUCAGUAGAGAGUCGUCAAGCAAUGAAGAAUGGCGAGUUCAAGAAAGCACAUAUCAGCGCUGACGUGGCGAAAUCCGUGGUGUUGUUUUCUGUAGGGCUGGGACUAGUUCAGAUUGUUGUUAUGGUGACAGUGGUAAUGCUUCAGCUACACGUGUUCCAGAAAUAUGCGACAACGGACUAUGCAAUGAAUACUAGUCAUUGAAAUUAAAUUGAAAACGCAUAUAGUAUAUAAUUAAUAUUUUUUAAUGACAUUUGGAAAACAAUAUUAAGCUGGAUAAGAAAGUCAAGUGUGUAAAAGUCGUAAACAACAGAAUGAUGUCAGUGAACCAACAGCCCAUCUUCCAUCGUUAUCCAACACACCAUAGCAGCAUGCAAACAGAAAAACACUGUGUUUAACCAA